GUUCUAGAAAAUCAUAAACCAAAAUUCGUUCACAUUUUGAUCUGUAGACCUAAAAACUCAAAAAGCAAUUAAAAUCAAAAAAAAAACCAACAAAAAAAAUUAUAAAAGCAAAGAAAGCAGAGGAAGUGAAAAAUGUGCAAUCGAACACGUUGGGGGCGCAUCGAUCCCAGUGUUCAGGUCGCUCUUGUGCAUGGUCCCGCUGAUCGUGUGCUCCAGUUGGAUCAUAGAACGCUGCCGGGUUAUGUGGAGCAGCAGCUGCUGCUGAUGGCGUCGCCUCUGCCGUUUCUCAAUUUCCUAAACAAGUUUCGCCUGGACGAGAUUCUGAUUAACCAUCAGCUCAAGGGCGUUUACACAAUGCGCACCUCGGCGACGGUAACUGAAGUGGCCAUGCACGCCUGGCGCAUCAUGAGCACGGCGGAUCGCCAGCCGUACAUUCAGCUGGCCCGCAAGGCGGAACAGAUACAGCAGGCGCGCGUGCUUCACUUUUUGGGCAAAGAUUGCCGACAACGCAUAAAGCCAUAAAUCCCAUAUAUUUCUAUGUUCCAACGUAAUACGUUCGAUAUGUUUUCCACUUGACCUUGAUAAAAGAAAAAAAAAUAUGUGACACCUGAUUGAUUGAUUUUUUG